AUGAGUGAAUCAGGAUCAAAUCAAAAAGUUUCUUCAUCAAUAAAUUCAUUCAUGAAAAACAAUAAUAUAACAACAAUAUCAUCUGAUGUUAUUCAACCAGAGUGGCAGAUGGUUAAAAAUUAUUCACUUCUCUGGUUAGAUGAGGAUAUGAACGAAACAAGUAAAGAUUACGAAAAUAUUUUAGCACAAAUACGAAAUAUUACUGAUGAUGUUAAUGUCUUUAAGCAACAAGAUGCAUGCAUCGACUUUCUUACAGAUGCUCAAGAAAACAUUAAAUUUUUUCUCGUUGUCAAGUAUAAUAUGGCUCAACAAAUAAUGCCCCUCAUUAAUGACAUUCCUCAGCUGGAUGGUAUUUAUAUCUUGAAUGAUAUUAAAAUUCUACAUGAAGAAUGGACCAAAAACUGGAACAAAAUCAAGGGUAUUCAUACAAACAUUAACGACUUAUGCAAAACAUUACAAUCAGAUAUCAAAAGGUGCAAUCAAGAUUCGAUUACCAUGAGUUUUCUUACGGUAAAUGAAAUAGACUCAACAGAUAAUUUAAAUCAAUUGGACCCAACAUUUAUGUACACUCAAAUAUUUAAAGAAAUUCUUCUUGAUAUGGAACAUGGUGAACAGGACAUCAAACAUUUUAUUGCUUACUGUCGACAUAACGACUGCAUCUCGCCAACCAAUAUUAACCGUUUUGAGAAAGAAUAUCCUGCUCAAUCAGCUAUUUGGUGGUAUACAUUUCCAUCCAAUAUUUAUCUUAUGCUCAACAACGCUCUUCGCUGUAUGGAAGGCAAUAUGAUUAUUAACAUGGGUUUUUUUAUUCAUGAUCUUCAUCGACAACUUCAACGACUACACCAACAACAAAUCAACACCUACGGUGGAAAAAAAAUUGUGGUUUAUCGAGGACAAGGCGUUAUUAAAUCAGACUUCGAAAAACUUCAGAAAACAAAAGGCGGAUUAAUGUCAUUUAACAACUUCUUGUCCACCAGUUACGAUAAAAUUUUCUCCCUUGGUUUUGCUCAAUCUGCUUUAACUGAUCCAGAUAAGGUGGGCAUUCUCUUUAUAAUGUCCAUUGAUCCCUGUAUUAAAUCAACACCAUUUGCCGACAUCGAAAGGGAAAGUUAUUACAACGAAGCAGAAAUUCUUUUUUCAAUGCAUACCGUCUUUCGAGUGGGUGAAAUUAAACAAAUGGACCAUGAGACUGAAAUUUAUCAGGUUGAAUUACAAUUAACGUCAGAUGAUGACCAACAACUACGACUACUUACUGAUCGGAUACGAGAAGAAGCUGGUGGUAGUACAGGUUGGAGAAGAUUGGGUAAAUUAUUACUUAAAAUUGGCCAAUUUAAUAAGGCUGAAGAACUUUAUAAUACGUUACUUGAACAGACAUGUGAUGAAAGUGAAAAAGCGAUUUAUUAUCUCCAAUUGGGAUGGGUCAAAGAUGACCAGGGUGAUUAUGAAAAGGCAAUUUGGUAUCAUGAACAAGGAUUUGCAAUUCAACAAAGAACUCUUCCUUCAAAUCAUCCUGAUUUGGCAACUUCAUACAGCAACGUUGGUAGCGUGUAUAACAACAUGGGAAAUUGUGACAAAGCACUUCAAAUUUAUCUAGAAACUCUUCCUUCAAAUCAUCCUGAUUUGGCUGCGUCAUACAACAACAUCGGUUUGGUGAAAAACAAGAUGGCUAAGUACUCGGAAGCACUCUCAUUUUACAAAAGAGCACAUAAAAUUCGAGAAGCAACUCUUCCUUCAAAUCAUCCUCAUUUAGCUACAUCUUACGACAACAUAGCUGGUGUUUAUGGGAAUAUGGGACAGCACCCAAACGCACUUCCAUUACACAAAAAAGCACUUCAAAUUUAUCUGAAAACUCUUCCUUCAAAUCAUCCUGAUUUGGCUACUUCGUACAACAACAUCGGUGGUGUAUAUUACAUGAUGGGAGAUAAUCCUGAAGCACGUUCAUAUUAUGAAAAAGCACGUGAAAUUGAAGAAAAAACUCUUCCUUCAGAUCAUCCUGAUUUGGCUAUUACAUACAACAAUAUUGGUUUGGUGAAUAACGAGAUGGGCGAUUGUUCGACAGCACUUUCAUUUUAUAAAAAAGCACUUAAAAUUGAAGAAAAAACUCUUCCUUCAAAUUAUCCUAAUUUGGCUGUUUCAUACAACAACGUCGCUGGUGUAUAUAACAAGAUAAAAGAUUAUUCAGAAGCACUUUCAUAUUACGAAAAAGCACGUGCAAUUGAAAAGAAAACCCUUCCUUCAGAUCAUCCUGAUUUGGCUAUCACAUACAACAACAUUGCCACUGUGUAUUGCAAUAUGCAAGAUUAUCCAAAAGCACUUCCACUUCAUGAACGUGCUCUGGGCAUAUUCCAACUUGCAUUACCUCCAACUCAUCCUUAUAUUAAGGCUGUGAAAAAAAACAUUGAAUUUGUAAAAACGAAAUUAUAA